GCAUCAACUCAUUCAACGCUUUUGAAGCUACAAAAUUGUGAUAUGUUGUCUGAUGCUGAGAAAAGGAAGCAAAUAAGUGUUAGAGGGAUUGCUCAGUUGGAAAAUGUGACAAAUCUUAAAUCUGACUUCAACAGACACUUGCAUUUUGAUGGUGUUAAAGAUAGGAACGUCGCAACGUCCCUCGACUUCUAUCAAGCGUUAGCACGUACAGUUUGGGAUCAUCUUUGCUCUCGAUGGAUUCGAUCUCAGCAGUUUUACCAUAGAGAGGAUCCAAAGGUUAGUCAUAUUUUCUAUAUCUUACUGUUUUUGCGUAAUUUGAAGUGUCGAUUUCUUGUUUUUUUUUACUUAGGAAGACUCAGUUAACUCACUUGCGUUAAUAAAGUAUUUGUGAAGUAAAAUUAUUUUGUGGUUUGGCAACCUAAAAUUAUGACAAAAUUAUGCGAAGCGUUACUAUAUUCUGACAUGUUACUUCGUUGGUAAUUUGUGCUAGGUGAAAUAUGCACCACACAUUUUCUGGAGAACGUGUAACAUGUACCUAUGGUCCUUUCAGUGUAUGAGAUUUUCGAAAUAUAAGCAUUUUUGGCAGCUUAUUAUACCCUUCCGUUUCCCCCAUUACUAUUAUUAUCAUUAUGAUUAUUUUACACUACUUUACACUAAUCUCGUCGCUAUUCUCUUUUUCUCUUCUCAUUCUCAUUGUUUUAUGUGGCGCAUAUAUAUUUGGUGCCCCCUUGCACCAGUAUUUAUGUGUUCAAACAAACAAACAAAUAAGUAAAUAAGCUUAUUAUCAGUAUUUAUGUAAUUCACUUCAAUGAGACAAAGUUCCAUGUGAGCAAACAUUGUGAUGGUGAAAAUAGCGAAACGACUUAUUGGCGAUCGAAUACAGAAUUUACUUACUUUUUAAAACUGAGGUUCAGAUAAAAUCUGAUUUAACUGAUGGUUCAUUGCCUUCACUGAUAGUAGCUGUCUUUAUAAUUUAUGGAUUCCUAAAACUAUUCUGAUUCCUUGUCUGGUCGAAAUUGAUAUACAAAGCACACGGAGGUCUUAAUACUCACGUGGCCGAUGUGAUUACUUCGUUUCUUUUGACCUAGCCACCUGGCAAUCGUUUGAUAAAGUACCCUAAACCUACAGAAUCAAAAUUAAGGUUACUUUAUGGUGAUUUUCGAGGUCUCUCCGUGUGCGGACAUCAAAAGUGAUGUAUUUUCUUCCAUUUUCAAAGAAGUAAGUUAUGCGCCACUUCGCUAGACUACUUUGUUUAGCACCAAAAACGGUUGUGUAAACAUUAUAUGUUUCUUCUGAUCAUCCCAUCUUGUUAGACAUUGACGAAAUAGUUUUAAGAGGUCGAUUCGCACUAGUGAAACCUUUUAAAUCUUGCUUUGCUACGACUCAAUAUCCGGCACUGACUACGUAAAUGUGUUACUAUCUUAGGAACAACAUUUUAUGUUGUGCGAAUUGAUUAUAAUUCAUUAACUUGAAAGGAUGUAAAUGAGGUGUUGUUUAUUUUUGUGAUGCGCCUCUUAGUCACAAGAAGAUUAACCUAUCAAAUAUCUCGUUAACCACGUGCUUAUCGUUUGAUUGCAACCCCACCCCACUUCAUCUUAGUGUAGAAACUUGUAAACAAUUUGGAUUCUGUUGCUCAGUAUUAUGAUUCCUGUUAUCUUACUACAAACAAAUAGAGAUGAUUAUCUUGUUUUCAUAUUGCAGCGCAUAUACUAUUUGUCCUUAGAAUUUUACAUGGGCCGCACUUUGACCAAUACAAUGCUGAAUGUAAAUAUUGCUGCUGCAGUAGAUGAGGCGAUGUACCAAUUGGGACUGGAUAUUGAGGAACUAGAGGAAAUGGAGUCUGAUGCUGGUCUUGGCAAUGGUGGGUUAGGACGUCUAGCUGCCUGUUUCUUGGAUUCAAUGGCAACAUUAGGGUUGGCCGCUUAUGGAUAUGGCAUCCGUUAUGAUUAUGGCAUUUUUGAACAGUCUAUUCGCGAUGGCUGGCAGGUUGAAGAACCCGACGAGUGGUUACGCUUUGGAAACCCUUGGGAAAAAGGUAGACCAGAAUAUUGCUAUCCUGUCAACUUUUACGGGCGUGUUGAAGAUGCUGGAAAUGGACGUAGACGAUGGGUUGAUGCUCAUCCAGUCUUUGCAAUGCCCUAUGACACCCCAGUUCCAGGGUAUAGAAAUAACACUUGCAAUACUCUUCGGCUGUGGUCUGCCAAAGCUCCAAAAAGUUUUGAUCUCGGUAUAUUUAAUAUGGGUGAUUACAUAAACGCUGUAUGUGCACGUAAUCAUGCGGAAAAUAUAUCCAGAGUUCUUUAUCCAAAUGACAAUUUCUUUGUUGGGAAGGAACUUCGCCUUCGUCAAGAGUAUUUCUUAGUUGCUGCCACUUUGCAGGAUAUAAUUCGGCGUUUUAGAAGUAAUGAUUCCCACCAUCGAUCGUUUGAUGAAUUUCCCAACAAAGUUGCUAUCCAAUUGAAUGACACACAUCCCUCACUGGCAAUUCCUGAAUUACUACGUAUCUUAGUUGACUUGGAAGGUUUAGAGUGGAAAAAAGCAUGGGAUAUAAGUUACCAUACAUUUGCGUAUACAAACCAUACAAUCUUACCUGAAGCAUUGGAACGUUGGCCUGUCACAUUAUUGGAGCAUAUAUUACCACGUCAUUUAGAAAUUAUCUAUCAAAUUAAUGCUGAGUUCUUAGAUAUUGUACGAGCGAAAUGGCCAAACGAUAAUGACCGUAUUCGUCGUAUGUCAUUGGUAGAAGAAGAAGGCGAAAAACGUAUUAAUAUGGCCUACUUGUGUAUUGUAGGAUCUCACACAGUUAAUGGAGUCGCAGCAAUACAUUCACACUUAUUGAAAACUCAAACUUUCAAAGAUUUCGCUGAAUUAUGGCCAAAUAAAUUUCAGAAUAAAACAAACGGUAUUACACCUCGUCGUUGGUUGCUAUUAUGUAAUCCAAAUUUGUCAGACUUAAUUAUGGAAGGAAUGAAUGGCAGUGAAUCAUGGAUUGUUAACCUUAACGAAAUCGCUCAGUUAAAAUCACGUGUAAAUGAUGUUAAUUUUCUACGUCAGUUGAUACGUAUCAAACGGGAAAACAAGGCUAAAUUUGCUUCUUAUCUGGAACAACAUUAUGGUGUAACAAUCAACCCAGCAUCUCUAUUUGAUAUCCAAGUCAAAAGAAUUCAUGAGUACAAACGUCAACUAUUAAACUGCUUACAUGUCAUCACUUUGUACAAUCGUAUUAAAGCUAAUCCUGAAAUACCAAUCUGUCCACGUACAGUUAUGAUUGGGGGUAAAGCUGCUCCAGGUUAUCAUAUGGCCAAACUUAUUAUCAAGUUGAUCAAUUCCGUAGGUAAAGUUGUCAAUAAUGAUCCAGUUGUACGUGGUAGAAUUAAACUUAUUUUCCUUGAAAAUUAUCGUGUAUCUUUGGCUGAAAAAAUAUUCCCCGCCGCUGAAUUGUCGGAACAAAUUUCUACAGCUGGUACAGAAGCGUCGGGUACCGGUAACAUGAAAUUUAUGCUUAAUGGAGCUAUGACUGUUGGUACUAUGGAUGGAGCAAACGUGGAGAUGUGCGAAGAAAUGGGUCGAGAGAAUAUGUUUGUAUUUGGUCUAACCGUAGAGCAAGUUGAUGCUCUUCACAAAGUUGGCUAUCAUCCACAAGAAUAUAUUGAAAAAGAACCAGAAUUGAAAUUAUGUCUGGAACAAAUUCGGGAUGGCUUCUUCUCUCCGGAAAAUCCACAUCUAUUUAAAGAUAUAUAUAAUAGCUUAGCAUUCGAUGAUCGCUUCCUGCUAUGUGCAGAUUAUGCAAGCUAUAUACGUGCGCAACAAGAAGUUGAGGAAGCCUACAAAGAUGAACUAAGAUGGUCAAAAAUGAUGCUUAUGAAUAUUGCUUCCUCCGGGAAAUUUUCUUCUGAUCGUACUAUACGUGAAUAUGCUCGAGAUAUAUGGGGUGUUGAGCCAUCAACCAUUAAAUUACCACCUCCAUUUGAACCAGCUAUAGAAAAGAAAUAGUUUUAUCAAACAAAUAUUCAGACGUCCACCUUUUAUGAAUACACUUUUUUGUCCUAUUUCUUCACGACCUCUUCCCCUAUUGUCAUUUAGUCUAGUUAGUAAUUUGAAAAAAGAAAGAAAAUAACUUUUUCCAUUGAUGAUUUAAAGAAAAAAUAUUAUUCUCACCUUUCCUUUACAUAUUAAUGUUUUUCAACCUACAAUAAGUAUUUUAUGUAGAGAAUAUUUUUAAUUCCCUUAUUAUAUAAUAUUAUCAAAUUACCAAUAACUCGUUAAUUAUGACUGCUAUAUGUUAUUCUUAUUCAGUAUGUAUUCAAUUCGUAAUGUAAUGCUUGAAUUAGAUCUGAUGCAAACAAACACAUCAACAUAAAUUAUGAUUAUCAUAAUGUAACAGAAUGCGUUCAUCCUUGACUUCCUCCUUUUCUCUCUUCUUUAUUUAUAAGUAUUUAGAUCACUAAUAGUAGUAUUGGUAUUAACCAUUGUCAUAUAGGAAACUAUCGUUUGAUUAUUAUAUUUGGGGGGGGGGAAGGAAUGAAAGUUCAUUUGCUUGUGCUCUUGAGUUUUACAAACAUGACCUUUCUAAUUAGUUUAUUAUUUAAUGUAAUAUUGUUAUGACUAAUAUUUGUUUCUUAUUUGUUUGAUUGAUUUCAACUUAGUUAUUUCUAAGCUAAAUAUUAAAAAAAAACUCAAUAAAAUAUGACUAAUAAGUGCCUAUUAGUCAAUAUAAGACAACAGUUUUUAAAUUGUUUCUAUAACUACAUCAUAUUUGUAGCCUCUUACAUAGAAAUCUAGUCAUUUCAUUAACAACAAAAAUAAUAAUGGUUCUUUACUAUUGUUUUGGAAAUCUC